AUGAGAAGUGAGGUGGUAUCCUUGGGAACAAAUUGCAGCGGGCGAACUUUGUCGGUGUUGUUAAAUUCUGCUUGCGGUCCAUUCGUUUAUCUCUACGACUUUUGCGCUCUUUCGCCGGACCAGAAUGAAGAGGUUGGACCAUUUCAAUCUAUUCGCUUAUCUGCGACUGAUUCAGCGAGAGGGAAUGAGCUGCAGUGGAAUCCAUCAAACGAAUCCGUUUUUGCUGUGGUUAAUUCUGAUGGGACGUCAUCCACUUAUGCUGUUGAAUUCAUUGUAACAGUCUUUUUUUUAGUUGUACAUAGGAAACCGAAAAAGUUUGAUAUUCUCGGGACAUCACGAUUGAAAGUCCCAGGCACUUGUCUCAGUUGGAGUCCGAAAGGGAAACAGCUUGUUGUAGGAGAUGCCCAUGGAAGUAUACAUCAGUUCAAACCAGAGAUGUUACUAGUGCGGUCUAUUGGUCCACCAUCCAGUAUUGAUGCGAAAGGCAACGUGCUCGAACGGUGUGUUGGGAUUUGUUGGCUGUCAAGUACAGAGUUUCUGAUCGCGUAUGCUCCAUUGAGCGGAGAGAGUCUCACUGUUUCUCUUCUUCGCACGAGAAAAGAAGGCCCUCCUUGUUGGACUCACUUUGACGACAUAAUUUAUUGUAGUGAGCAGUGUGCAUCGCCUCAACGUGCGUUUUUUGUUUUCUUACUUCAGUGGAAUUUGGUGCUUUGUGGUUCAUUGCGGUCAUCAGAGGUGAAUGUUUUGGGCAAGCGUGAGGGUGUUUGGAAGGUUUGGUCCUUGAAUGACAAUUCACGGAUAGAGUUACCACUCAAAAGUACACAGGAUGAGAACUUCCCCUGUGGCAUUUGUGUUGAAACUUCCUCGGAAACUCUAGUUCGAAUGGGUGAGUAUCAAGAACUUGUAAACAUUCUUUGA